GUUCUAAUUUUAUGCAUUAGUGUUUGCUGAUGAAAGAUGUAUGUGGAGUACUUCAAAAUACAAAGGCGUUGAAACAUUCGUUCCAUAACUAACAGCUUAUUUGUUCAAAUUGUUAGGAAAUGUUUGCAAGGUAUUGGACCCGAUGAUGGAAUUUUGUGAUGAAGUUCGAACUUCACUCAACGUUGCGUUGGUUUCGGACUUCUUUUGCCCAAAUGCAGGUGGUGUGGAAACGCAUAUUUAUUUUCUAGCAAAAUGUUUGUUGCAGUUGGGACAUAAAGUGAUUGUAAUAACUCAUGCAUAUGGCAAACGACGUGGCAUUCGAUACCUUUCGAAUGGACUUAAAGUCUACUACCUACCGUUCAUUGUUAUGUACAAUGGCAGUUGUCUCCCCUCAAUCGUUGGUUCAUUGUACUGGUUUCGAAGAAUAUAUUUAGAAGAACAUAUACAGAUAGUGCACGGUCAUUCUACUUUUUCAACAAUGGCACACGAAGCGAUGAUUCAUGCCUGGUGCUUGGGUUUACGCACAACGUUCACUGACCAUUCUCUUUUCGGCUUCGCUGACGCAUCCGCGAUUCUCAUGAACAAAUUGGUAUUGCAGUAUUCACUUGUCAACGUGAAUAGAGUGAUUUGUGUCUCUUAUACUAGCAAAGAAAAUACGGUGUUGCGAAGUGGUGUUCUUGCAAGUAAAGUUGCAGUCAUCCCCAAUGCUAUUGAUACAGACCUUUUUGUGCCUGAUCCAUUUUUGUUUCGGAGCAGUCCAACAACAGUUAUCGUUCUUUCCAGACUCGUAUAUCGUAAAGGAGCUGAUAUCUUAAUAAGAAUUAUACCUCGUGUUUGUUCACUUCAUAAUUCGGUACGAUUUAUUAUUGGAGGUGAUGGACCAAAACGGAUUGACGUAGAAGAAAUGCGCGAAAAGUACUGCCUGCAAGACCGAGUAAUCAUGCUAGGCACACUUCCUCACGAUCAGGUGCGCGACGUUCUUGUACAAGGGCAAAUAUUUUUGAACACUUCACUUACAGAAGCCUUCUGCAUGAGCAUUGUUGAAGCUGCUUCUUGUGGCCUCCAUGUGGUUUCUACACGGGUUGGUGGAAUUCCGGAAGUUCUGCCGGAUAAAUUUAUUGUGCUAGUGGAACCAGAACCGGAUAAUUUGAGUGACGCUUUGCUGAAAGUGAUUCGAUUGCGAGAAACUGGACAGUUGAUCGCACCAGAAGAAAAACAUGACGUGAUCUGUCGCAUGUAUCGUUGGCCUGACAUUGCGAAACGAACAGAAAAAGUUUAUCUUUCUGCACUACAGUGCCCACAACUCUCUUGGUUUGAGGGACUUUUAAGUUACUGUGCAUGUGGAAUUGGACUCGGUAUAUUAUAUGUUUGGGCAGCUCUAUUAAAUAUGAUCUUCAUCACAAUUCUGAGCUACUUUGACCCAGUUCUGCCUACAAAUAAUCGCAGUGCAGAAAGCAGACCUCCUCAUUCAUCAAUGAAUAAUCUUCACACUAAACGUCUACAUGGCUCACAUUCUUCUACAAACAAUAUUCGAAAUAGGCAUUAAUCAGAAACACUUCUUAAUACCCUGCAUUUAUCAUUUGACCAACUUUUAUUUAUUUUUAUUUUGUAAGUCUUUUGGUUUUGCCACUGUAAUAAUGCUUCAUAAACUAUUUGUAGAUUUUUGUACUGACUUCGUUUUACGAAUAUGCAAGGCUGAGAAUGCUCAUAAAGUUUGUUUUCAAACCACUUCGCGAAAAAAAGAAAAUUUAAGAACUUCACAACAUUGUUCGGACGAUAUUUCAUAGUGUUUUAGCUUGAAAAAAUCUGUUAGUUUCGGUGCCACCGCUACUGUAUGAUGA